GGAGGCGCGGUAUAACCUCUAUUCCGGGCCCUUGGCAAUUAAGAGGAUUAAAUCCCUCUUUUCCUAAGACAUCCGUUGCUUCUAGAAAAACCAGUAAUUGUGUUUAGUCCUCACUGUAAGAUCAGAGUCAUUUUUUUUCAAUGACUACAAGAUUUUAAUUGAUUGUUUUGCUGCUUAGGAGGAAGUCUUAAUAGUUUGGUUUCAGGAGUCGAAGGAAUUUUACCGGGUCUGCUGGAAUAGAUUGACAUCAUUUGCCAAGAUAUGUUGGCGUUGAGUUUCGUCUUUAGUUUUAGUUUAAUCUUUGCCAUAAUUCGUUGGCGUGAAGAUAUUUUUGCCAAGAUUCGUUGGCUUUGAGUUUAUUAUGAUGUGUUUAUGUUUUAUAUAUUAAGUUUAAGACACCUCUGCAGUAGGUGUUACGCUUCUGAGGUAUGCUCGGAAUGUAGUCGAUCAUUUUUUUUCUUCCUUCGAACUCCUAGUGGCGUGAUUAUGAAUUUUUCAUGGAUCCUUGUCAUGAUCCAUGAAAAAUUCUACCAAAGCAGCAAUGUUGUGUUACAUUUGAAUUUUGAUUAAUUUUGAGCAAUGAUAUGAGAGAGCAAUUUAGGCAACAAGUUUGAUUCAAUAACCCACCCGUUGCAUAAAACAAUACGAGCGUGUUGGUUUUUAACCAAAACUGAGAAUCAAUAAAAAAUGUGCAAAGUAAAAACCCAUUUUGGGGGAAACUUUACUAAGCGUGCAAAUGAGCGGUAAACGUCACUGCAGUUUCCGCACAAUAGUCAAGUGUGGUGCUCGAAACCGGACGCACCAGAACAGUGCUCGUCGGGCUAAAAGCCUUUUAAAGGUGACGGAUCCGGAUAGUGCGGAGAACGGAUAUUCUCAGGCUCAGGCCACAAAGGCACGGACAACAAAUCCGAGGCACGUGCCAAGAUCCCAAACAAGACCGGACCAGCGCCAGCAACAUCAGGUCGGAAGAAACGAAGCCACGAGGAAAGUCAACUCGAAAAGGGUCGCCCAAAGCGGCCCUUUUUUGGUUCCGGCAUAUUUUGCUCCACAUCUCGGCACGUGUUCAUGUUGCUGCGCACCCAUUGGUAUCGGCUCCAACCUUUUUUCUUUCCGGCACAAAACGAGCUCCGAACUCUUCCGAAACUGCACGGCACAGACAGCGCCAUCUGUGUUUUCAACCACAUACUAGACGGAGAUUUUUUUAACUUCGUUUCGUCCACGGUCCGGAUCACAGCAUUGUCCAUCGAAACACAGGAUCGAAUCGCCGCCCAUCCUCUGUCGAAUGAGCCAUUCCUGGCUUGGAUCACGCGCUGGGGUCGAGACUUUUGAUCGCGGUAAAAUGAAGCCAUUGACGAGAACGAUUGUCGCGACGUUUGAACAGCACUGGACUGACACCCACCGUCUGCAUCCGGGGAAGGAGAACUCGGGAUUUUUGCUCCGCAUCCACAUGGACAGCAGGCGCUGCACACCUGAUGUACCCGCUGUUCCACCGAAAAGCCAACAGAAGCGGCGAUCGUGGCACAGAUGGCCACUCCAUCAUCGCCGGCUUCGGAGCCAGCAGCUGUUGAACGUGAGCCGUAAGUGAAAAUUU